AUAGCUGUGUUUGUCAAGAUCCUCGAUCUGAUGCACCAAGCAUUGGUGACAAGGACAAUAACGACGAAACGAGAUAUCUUCUACAAGGACCCCAAAUUAUUCAUCAAGCAGAGCGUUGUGGACCGCUUCAUUGACGACCUGGCCUUCACUUUUCACGUCCCUCGAGCUGCGCUCAAUGUGGUCGGACUGCCCUAA